CAACUGCUUUCUAAAAAUAAAAUAAUAUUUUGGAUUUAAUUUCUCGAUCUUUUUCCAUUUUUAUUUUUUCUUAAUCUCUUGAAAAUGGGGAUUUGAGAAUUUCACCAAAAUAGUGUGCAGCCGAAUCAGCCCCAUCCGCUCCCUCUGAACAACGGGUUUGAGAUUAGAAAUGCUGAGUGGAAGGGUAUACUGGAGUUGGAGGAGGUGAGGGGAAAACAUAGAAAGAAGGUGAUUUGAGGAAAGGUACUUAUUUUAAUGAUUUAAUUUCGAAGUUUUUUGGUUCUUGUGAUCAAUCCUCUGACAGAAAGUCAGAACCACUCGACGUCAUACUUCAUGCUUCUCUAGUAAUCUAGUUUUAUUUCCCAUGCGCUCCCUCAGCUGGCUUGCUAGCUGUUGAUCAGUACUAAGGCUUGAUUUGGCAAGCUUUAGUUGGAUUGAGUAUUAGCAUUGGAUGCUGAUGGUGGAUACAAUUUUGUAUUGUAGAGACAUUCAACACUUGCUUCAUAAGGUGAUGUUCUAGUAGUGGAAGGGGCCGGAGUCCAUAAUGGUUAUCCAUUGUUGAUUUGUUGUACAUACUGGCAAUCCAUAGGACUGGCAGAUGGCUAUGACAAAUUUAAAUGAAGAAGAAAAAGCCGAAGAUUAUCUGUUCAAGAUUGUUCUAGUUGGUGAUUCAGCUGUUGGGAAGUCCAAUUUACUUGCGAGAUUUGCCAGGGAUGAGUUUUAUCCUAAUUCAAAGUCAACUAUAGGAGUAGAAUUUCAAACUCAGAAGAUGAAUAUUAAUGGAAAGGAAGUUAAAGCACAGAUAUGGGAUACAGCUGGGCAAGAGAGGUUCAGAGCUGUUACAUCUGCAUAUUACAGGGGGGCAGUCGGAGCACUUCUGGUGUAUGACAUAAGCAGGCGCCAAACAUUCGAUAGCAUUGGCAGAUGGCUUAAUGAACUUCACACUCAUUCAGAUAUGAAUGUGGUUACAAUACUUGUUGGAAACAAGACAGAUCUUAAGGAUUCGAGGGAGGUGUCGACUGCAGAAGGAAAGGCCUUAGCCGAGGCACAAUGCUUGUUCUUCAUGGAGACGUCAGCACUUGAUUCAUCAAAUGUAGUGGCUGCUUUUGAAACAGUUGUGAAAGAGAUAUACAACAUAUUAAGUAGGAAGGUUAUGAUGUCUCACGAGCUCAAAAAACAGGAACCGGCCUCUCUUGAGAAUGGAAAAACUAUUGUUUUAACAGGAAUAGAAAUAGGAACAGGAGCAGCCAAGGCAAAAGCAAAACCAAAAGCAAAAGCAAAAGGAACUGGGACUGCAACUGGGACUGCAACUGCAACUGCAACUGCAACUGGGACUGGAACUGGAACUGAAACUGGAACUGGAGCAGGAACGGGAACAGGAAAAGAAACAGAGACAGUAGAAGGGGAAGGGGGAGGAGAAGGGGAAGGGGAUGGGGAAGGGAAACCAGAAGCAGCAGCUGCAGAAGCAGCGGCACCGGCUAAAAAGGGUUGUUGUUCGACUGGUUGAGAUAAAAACGAUAUUGUGUAGGCUUUUAGAAACUCGGUUUUUGUUAUGAUUAUUCAUCCAAAUCCUCAAUGUCACUCAGAUGAAGAUUUAUCUUAUGAAUGUUCCCUGCAAGCGAAAGUAGAAAUUGUCAGUGCAUAAGAAUUGCAAGGAUGAAAAGAACAUUGCAACUGUUAA